GGGAGGAGUCAGGUAGAAGCUCGACUGACACGUAAGAAACUGCGUAAAUUAUAAGGAAGGAGCAGAUAACUUUCCUCAACUCUCGUGUGGAAAUGAUUGCUUCAUUUCAGACUUGAUGUAGGGUGGCGCGGUGGCGGACUGUAGCCUAUUUUGGGACGCUGAGGAGCGACGCACCGGGACCGAUUAGGACAGAAAGCAAGCCCGGGCACAACAUGAGAUUUUCGGCGCUUAUUACUGUCCUGCGGUCGCUCGGCCCGGUGGUCAUUGGCAUUUCUUUGGGUUUCACAUUAAGUUUGUUGAGCGUGAGUUGGACGGAGGAGACGUGCUACCUGGGUGACACCGACAGAGAGGAUGGCAGUGUCGGGCAACAGGCACUGCUUAGUGGGGCAAGGAAACCCAACUCCUUAGCGGGCAGCAGCAACGAUGUGGAGUCAGAGGAAGACUUUGAACCAAAAAUCAUCCCGUAUAAGCAAGUUCAACCUCAGAGUCCACCAAAGAAACUUUUCAGGGCCAAAUACGUGAGUACUGAGUUGGGCAUCCGUGAGCCCCUAUUUGUUGGGGUCCUCACAUCCAAAAACACACUGAACACUUUGGGCGUGGCCGUCAACCGCACCAUCAGCCAUCACCUGGACCUAGUCAUCUUCUUCACCGGGACACGGAACCGGAAAAUACCCCACGGAAUGUUUGUCGUAUCACACGGAGACGAGCGGCAAAUCUGGAACAUGUAUCAAACCGUAAAAUACAUCCUAGAACAUUACAUCACAGAAUACGAUUGGUUUUAUUUGGUGCAAGAUGACGCAUACAUCGAAGCGGACCGCAUCAAAGAACUGGUUGACCAUCUUAGCAUUGAUAGGCAACUGUACAUGGGAUGUCCAGCGGAGUUCAUAGGUGGAGAGAUGGAGGGGAAGUACUGCUAUGGGGGCUAUGGGUUCCUCCUGUCCCGAAUGUUACUGCUAAAACUACAGUCAUUUUUGGAGAAUUGUAGAAAUGACAUUCUGAGCGCCAGACCCGAUGAGUGGCUGGGGAGAUGCAUCAUUGAUUACACCAACACCAGUUGUGUCAGCCAACAUGAGGGACUUCACUACUACCAUUUUGAGCUUAAGAAGAAUUCGGACCCCAGCAAAGAGGCGAGUGAGGAGUUCAAGAGGGCACUGACGGUCCAUCCAGUGCCUGACCCAGAGCAGAUGUACCGGCUUCACCGCUUCUUCACCCAGCUGGAGCUACAGAGGACUUACGAGGAGAUCGCUAAGCUGCAGGAGGAGAUUAAGAACGUGAGCGUGGAGGCGUUCGAGGGGAACCGUAGCGCUCACUGGCCUAUAGGGGUCACUGCGCCGUUCGAGCCCAAAACGCGUUUUGAGGUCUUGAACUGGGAGUACUUCACUGAAGAAGAGAUCUACUCAUGUGUGGAUGGCUCUCCCAAAUGUGAACUCAAAGGCAUCGAUCACGUGGAUGUUUUGGAUGUAAUGGAAGUCGCAUUGGCUGAACUCAAUAAGAAAUACAUGCCUCUACUGCAUAUGAAAAAACAAUCAUUGAUUAACGGGUACAGAAGAUUUGAUCCAAUUCGUGGUAUGGAGUAUAUAUUAGACUUGCAGCUAGAAGUGGAAAGCCAAAAAGGUCAUAGCCAGUCAAUCACCAAACGGGUUCACCUAGUUCGACCAUUGAGCAAAAUUGAAAUCAUUCCUAUGCCCUAUGUUACUGAGGCGACGAGAGUGCAUAUCAUUAUACCGCUCACAACGCAACUCAAAAAUUACGUAACACAUUUUCUCGAAGUUUUUGCCACCAAUGCCUUUGAAACGAGUGAGAAUGCAGUGUUGACGUUCUUGUUUAUUUACGAUCCUGUGGAGGCACAACAGGUAACCCAAAAUGACAUCUUUGCAAGUGUCAAGAGUCAAAUAGCAUCGCUUGAACGGAAAUAUCCUACAAUAAAAAUCCCAUGGAUAAGUGUGAAAACGGAAACGCCAUCACAAAUCAAGUUUAUGGACAUUAUUUCAAAAAAGCACCCAAUUGAUACUCUCUUCUUUUUAGCUAGCAUCAGUUCAAAUAUCAAUUCUGAAUUUCUCAACCGAUGCCGCAUGAAUUCAAUAAACAAUUGGCAAGUGUUUUUUCCGAUACAUUUCCAGGAUUACAACCCAGAGGUGGCCUAUCACAAUCAGCCUUAUCCCACCACUAUCGAUUUGGUCAAAGAAGCGGGACAUUUUGACCGGAUGUCUUUCGAUGAAUCUUGCUUUUACAACUCGGAUUACAUGUCAACGCGAACUCAAAUGGUAGCCGACGUCCAAGAGAAUGAGGAAAUUUUGGAGACUCUAGAUAUUUAUGAAAUGUUUGUGAAGUACUCCAGUUUGCACGUUUUUAGGGCCACCGAACCAGCGCUACAUCAGCAGUACCGCUACGAAAACUGCAACCCACGUCUCAGUGAGGAGAUCUACCACAGAUGUGUUCAAAGCAAUUUGGAGGGUUUAGGUUCGCGCUCCCAGCUUGCUAGGGUGCUAUUUGAACAAGAGCAAGGCAAUAGCACAUGAGGAUGGCUUGUAAAAACUGCAUCUCCUGGCUCUCUAAAAUGGGUGCCAUUGACUUUUAUGGCCUCCUGUUGCAAUUCAAGAACUUGAUAUGAGCAUGUGAGACCACUGGGGGAAAAAAAAGCUUUGUUCCAGAAUGAACCUUGAACUGGAAGUGGUUCACACACUUGCUAUUCUAAAUUACAGCAAAGACUAAUGGGAGAUUUUAAGAGAUAGAACAAAAUGCAGUAUCUAGACUAAUGAAAUGUUUACAGUGUUUGAUAAUAACAGUUAGAUCCCAAAAGAUGUGUGAGCGAUCCUGUGACCACUCCAGAGCCAAGCGGUAUACGGUUCUAUAGUUUAUUCAGAUUCUAUGGAAACAACAGUGGGACGAAAGGACGCUUUCCAAAAGUCAUUUUACAAGUUGGUUGCAUACAACUCUUCACUGUAGCAUUAGCAUACAGAUGGCUCAUCAAGCUAGUCUGCUGUAAACCAAAUGAACAAAACACUAAGGUUAUUUUUAAGUGAAAGUUCCUACAAUAUGCUUUAAUGCUGAACACUACAUAAGCAAAGGAAUUGAUAUGUCAUGGUACAUUGCACAAGUUUGCCUUCAGGGCAUCUGGCUUGUUACAAUCUUUUAUGAGCUUAGCUAUUUACAAGUGCCUUUAUGCUGAUGUUGAGAUCAGUUUAUCUUUGAAACAAGUCCAACUUUCUGGUGACAUGCAGCUUUAGAUUUAUUUAUUAGAUCACAGCCAAGAACAAUAUAAAAUAAAAUAAUGAUGCUAAUGCUUUGUGGUUUAGCACUGUUGCAUGUAGUGGGAGAAUAAAAUAGGAUGUGUGAAAACCUUACAUAUUUGUUAAGGUGAGUACAUGUCCUUAUUUUCAACAUGCAAUUUACUUAAGUGCCUUCAUAGAGCACUGAGGCAAUGCAUGGGGCAGUAUGGGGGGUCACACUCUCAGAUGGGGGCCGGAGCCAGUAUUCUUGUAUGAAUUAUUUACUAUUUAAAUAUUGAAUGGGAAAGUCAAACCUGAUCAUUACAUUAGUGACAUGGUUCAUUAUCCUCUUUUAUUUAUAAAACAAACCCACAGCAGCAAUAGUCACCUGGCUUGCCCGCAUCUGAAUGAAGCCCCACAGGCCUGUAGAAUGUGGUGAUGCUUGAGUAGUUCCUCUGUCUGAGGUGUAUGAGGCCUCAGUCUUUACCUGCUCCAGGUGUGUCAAAUAUUCAGGAGUGAACUCAUGAAGCAAAGAUACUGUAAAAGAGUUACUUAUGAAAUCAGUUUGAAUGUACAAACUGUUUUUCACAUGAGCAGGUGUGGGUCUUUUGUACCUUUUUGUGUUCAGAGUUUUAUUUCCAAAGUGUUGAGGAUUGUAUUGAAGACUUUUUAAGUCAAUGGUGUUAUUGUCCUGCGAGGGCCGCUUCAGAAGCCGCGGUGCUUUAGUUGCAGUGAAAUUGGAGCCUUUUUACUGAGUGUCAUUGAAGGCUUGUCAACCAUAAUGUGCAAUAUUACCACGACUGGACGUCCCGACCAGGACAGGACCCAAAUCUUUGUGAUGCUUGCUGCAAUGAACAGUGCAUGUAUGAGACGCACUGUUCAUAUUAAUUUAAGAUUUCAGUUUGAGUGAAUACACUGUAAUGUUGUGGCGGGACCUAUUUAAUGUAUUUUUCUGACACAAGACACUUUUCACCAAUGUUAUUUACUCUUUAUUUAAGUUGAAUUGGAUCAAAGUGUAUGUUGGAAAUGUGACAUUAACUGUGGUGGUCAUGGCGUGGGCUGUACUUUGCUGUGCAGAGGUCAAAACAUUGAGUGUCUGACUUUUUAAAUAGAACUUUCUGGUAACACUUUAUUUUGCAGUCUACAGAUUAAUGAGCUGUUAUGCCUGUAUUUUUUUUUUUAAUUAAACAUACAGUAAACCACCCAUUCUCUGUAACCAUAGUGUACCUUUUAAUUUGCACUUUCCUCCACUAAUCUAUUUUCUAUGCUGUACUUCCUGUUAUAUAGGCCCAAAAAAACAUGUUUUUAUUUAGUCUUAAAGUUUAUUAUGGGGUUGCAUGGCAGAAUUGAAGGACUUUCUCUCUCUGUCUCUUAUCUAUUAACUAAAGGUAAAUUUCUAAUUGGCUACUUGUUAGAAUGUGGACUGUAAACCAAAUUGUUACCAGGUUUUUUAACGCAUCUCUCCUUGGAGAUCAGCUGAGUGAGUGCUCUGUUUAUCAAUGUAGUAUGAAUGUUUGUUAUGUAUUUUACUUGUUACACAAAUCUCCGAACCACUGUGAACAAGAUGGUGGCAAUUAAAUGAAGUUAUUUAGGUGAUUUUCUUUGUUUAAAAUUGCCUAAUACUGUUACAACCGCCAUCACUGAUCCAAUGUUACCAAACUUAUCUGUCAUUUCUUAAUGAAUUGUGCAGAUCUGUCGCUCUGCACUAAUCUUGUCUUUUAUAGACAUUUUAAAUUUAGUUUUUGGAGUCGUUUGAAAAAAUGUGUAUUCUGUUAUGUCUGUUUGUCCUUUUGACCUUGAAAAUCUAAAUGUAUUUAAUUUUCACAUAAUAGUAGUAUUGUUGAGACACAGGUAAAUUCAUAGAUCUACAUGUAUAUUUGUACAUGGGAUGUUAUUUUAAUGUUAUUCGGUUUACAUUGUUGGAUGGGUACUUGUAUAACCAAAGCAAUAUUUGAAAUUACUGUUUGUCACAUUGAAUACAUGCUGUACUUUCCAAUGAACUGUGAAUUAUAAUUUUUUUAAUAAAUUGUUUUUAUAAA